AUGGCGAAAGCCAGAGUCAUUUACUGGUUCCGUACCGACUUGCGAUUGCACGAUUCACCAGCUCUCAAGGCUGCUCUGGACCUCGACCCCGAAAUACUAUGGCCGAUCUUCACAUGGGAUCCUUACUAUGUGUAUCGGGCGCGCGGCGGACUCAACAGAUGGCAGUUCCUACUCGACUGUCAAAAUGAUCUAUCAGCCUCUAUCACCAAACUCAACCCAAAGUCAAAGCUUUUCCUACUGCGUGAAGCGCCCCAGACAGUGCUCCCCAAAAUCUUUAAAGCCUGGGGUGUAACUCAUUUAGUCUUUGAAAAGGAUACUGACAGCUACCCCCGUGAGAGAGAUGCGGUGGUAGAAGCUGCAGCGAAAACGGCCGGUGUGCAAGUCAUUACUCGCUCCGGCCGGACGCUCUGGGACAGCGAUAGGAUCGUGGCCAAGAACGGUGGCAAGCCCACCAUGUCCACUACUCAGCUUCAGAAUGCGGGAAAGAAGCUGGGACCGAUAGAUAGGCCCAUUGCGGCACCGUCCAGCCUGCCGGACCCAGGAGAGAUGCCGCUCGACUUUGAGCACGAACGACCCUCGGGUAAGCCAGACAUCAAUUCGGAGCGCCGCACAAAAAAGGACACAGAGUACCAGAGCAUCGCUGGCCCCAAAGGUGAUUUCAGUAUCGAAUCCAUGGAGGAGCUGGGCUUUCCAUCAGCAACAACGCCUCACAAGGGCGGAGAAACGCGCGCGCUCAAGCUUCUAGACGACAUUGCCAAGGACAAAAAGUACACCGCCACGUUUGAGAAGCCAAAGACGAGCCCCGCGCAGUUUGAGCCGCAAUCAACCACGCUCCUGUCACCGUUUCUCCAUUUUGGAGCACUCUCUAUCCGAGAAUUGUACUGGCGCGUCCAAGAUAUCGUGGAUGAGUACGGCAAAGGCGCAUCGUCGCCACCGGCCAGCCUCACUGGCCAGCUAUUCUUUCGAGACAUGUACUUUGCUGCCCAAGCAGCCAUAGGGCCAAAGUUUACGCAAACCCACGGCAACGACCACUGCAAGUUUAUCCCCUGGCAUCUUCCCUCCAAGGUCGAUUCGAAAACUGGCGUCACCACUGGCGAAUACCACAUUGACUCUCCCGAGGCAGAGAAAUGGUUUCAGCGGUGGAAGACUGGCACGACCGGCUUUCCGUGGAUUGAUGCGCUGAUGCGCCAGCUGAGGCAAGAAGGCUGGAUUCACCACCUUGGUCGCCACUCGGUAGCGUGCUUCCUCACUCGCGGCGGCUGCUACAUUGACUGGGAGCGCGGCGCCGAAGUCUUUGAGGAGUAUCUGCUGGACCACGAGCCGGCCUGCAACGCGGGCAACUGGCAGUGGCUGUCGUGCACCGCCUUCUUCACGCAGUACUUUCGCAUGUACAGCCCCAUCUCCUUUCCGCAGAAGUGGGACAAGAAUGGCGACUUUGUCCGGCAUUGGGUGCCGGAGCUCAAAAAUCUCUCAGCCAAGUACAUCUACGAGCCGUGGAAGGCGCCGCUGCUGGACCAGAAGCAGGCCGGCGUGCGCAUCACGGGUGACGGAGAAUCGUCGUCGGGAGAGCAAGGGAAAACGUACCCCAAGCCCAUGUUUGACUUUGGCGAGCGGCGAGAGAUUUGCCUCGCGGCGAUGAAGACGGCGUACAAAGCGAACCUCUACGGCGAUGAUGACCGCGUGGCGGACGGAAGCUGGGCUGACCUUUUCCCUGCCGAGGGCGAGCACGUUGGCGUCCGCGAUCUUGAUUUCGAAAGCGACGACGGCGAAAAGGCUGAUGAAGGCGAUGCGUCGGACGACGCCAAUCCCGGGGAGAAGAGAACCGCCAAAUCCCAGCAGACAACGGCAAAGAAGCAGAAAACGUUGAAUUUUGGGCGUCUGCCAUGA